GGGGCGUGGCCUCCUCGCCGGAAGAAGGGGGCCUUGCUCUUCUGCUUCGCGCUGCGCGGCCUCUUCCUGCUCCGGGCGGCGGCUCGCAGGGGCCUCUCGCCAGGCGGGCGGCAGGAUUACGGAUAGCACAGCAGUGAAGUAGGAGUCCAGUUCUUCGAGGGAACAAGUGUUUCGUAAGUUUCUAGUAAUGGCAACCUACACUUGCAUCACUUGCCGUGUGGCUUUCAAGGAUGCCGACAUUCAGCGUGCCCAUUACAAAACUGACUGGCAUAGAUACAACCUGAAGCGCAAGGUUGCUGACAUGCCUCCUGUCACUGCUGAGAACUUCCAAGAGAGAGUCCUAGCGCAGAGAGCAGUAGCAGAGGAGCAGAACAAAAUCACUGCCACUUACUGCACGGUUUGCAGCAAGAGAUUCUCCACCUUCAAUGCCUAUGAGAAUCAUUUGAAAUCCAAGAAGCACCUGGAGUUGGAGAAGAAAGCUGUCCAGGCUGUCAGCAAGAAGGUGAAAAUAUUAAAUGAAAAGAACCUGGAAAAGGGGCUGACUCCAGAGAGCGUAAACAAAGAUGAAAUGAAUGCAGCUAUUCAGCAAGCCAUCAGAGCUCAGCCGUCUUCGUCUCCAAAGAAGAUGCCUUUGCCUCCUAGUGAUGCAAGUAGCUCUCCUGUUUCUGUGGGAAGUGCCAGCUUAUCAGAGAGUAGAGAACGAUCAGAAAAACCUCCACGGCUACAGUGGUUUGAACAGCAAGCGAAGAAGCUGGCCAGACAACAGGCAGAGGAAGAGGAGGAUAUGGAAGAAGAUUGGGAAGACAUGGAUUCCGAUGAGGAGAUCGGCUCUGAAGAAGAGAUGGAAAGUGUGGAAGGAGAAGAGGAGGAGCAGGCAGAAGCUGAAAGCACUCCUGCUGCUGGGGCCAUACCAGUCACAGACUGCUUAUUCUGUCCCCACCAUUCCAGAUCUCUCACGAAAAAUGUGGCCCAUAUGACAAAAGCUCACAGUUUCUUCAUUCCAGAUAUAGAGUACCUUGUGGAUCUCAGAGGACUAAUCAAGUACCUGGGAGAGAAAGUUGGCAUUGGGAAAAUCUGCAUCUGGUGCAAUGAAAAAGGGAAAUCCUUCUACUCUACAGAAGCAGUACAGGCUCACAUGAAUGAUAAAAGCCACUGCAAACUCUUCACAGAUGGAGAUGCUGCCCUGGAAUUUGCAGACUUCUAUGAUUUUAGGAGCAGUUAUCCUGAUCACAAGGAUGGGGAAGAUGUGGAAGUGCCUGGAGAGCGCCCAACAGAGAGAGAGUUGGAUUAUGAUGAUGACACCAUGGAACUGAUCCUUCCUUCAGGUGCGAGAGUGGGUCAUCGUUCUUUAAUGAGGUACUACAAGCAACGGUUUGGUCCGUCAAGAGCAGUGGCUGUUGCAAAGCACAAGAAAACAGUGGGUCGGGUGUUGCAGCAGUACAGAGCUUUGGGCUGGACAAGUCAGACAGGGGCAGCCUAUGCUCAGCAGCGUGAUAUGCAGUACCUGCAGAGGAUGAAGUCAAAGUGGUUGCUCAAGACAGGAAUGAGUAACAAUGCUACAAAGCAGAUGCAUUUCCGGGUGCAAGUCAGAUUCUGAGUUCCCAAGAGAGCUGCAUGCAACUGUUUUUUGGAAAGAGGGAUUUAAUGGCUUCUGGCUCAAGGAUUCUGUUGUUGAAAUGGACUCGGUACCUAUCAAAUGGGAUGUGUGUGCUGCUGUGCCUUCCUGUCUAUGGGAAGAAGAGCAGGGAGCUUGUCUGUUCCAGUGAGAUGAUGAUUGGCUUAACUUAAAAAAUAAAAUAUCUUAAAUGGGAUAUAUGGCAAAGUCGUCCCAGCUGUUAACUGUGAGGCAGUUGACAUUUUCAUUUGUCUGAAUAUCUUCAUUUUCCAAUUCUGCAAAAUGCCAAGAGAAGAUCCUAGGUCUGGGAGCCUGAGAUGCAGUGUCUUGAAGGUUUUCACUGGUAAUACCAGACAUAAGUUAGCUGGGUGUUUUGGACUAUCUAGUUGUCACUAAAGAGGUGAAAACUUGAGAGCGGUGAUUGUGGGAAGGUUAAGUGGUAAUUGUUUGAAGAAGUGCACUGAUGAAAAGCAGACCUCCAGGAUUAAUACUGUCCUCAGAAGCUGACUCUACUUGCUUAAUGCUCCAUCUCGGGGCUGGAGUAAUAAUUUACAGUGAAGUCGGUUUAUGUUGAAUUUAAUCAAUUUUUAUUACCUAAAACCUGCUCAAAAGUACCAUAACAUCUAGAUCAAAGUCAAUCAAAAUUUCAGAUGAUCUUUAAAAGAUUUUUCUGAUUAAAACUGUAAAGAAACUGUUGAUGACAGCUUUGGUUAUUCCCAUUGAGUACUAGUGUUUUAUAUGAUCUUGGUAAAGGAAAGUGACCCCAGGGGACAUGUAUUGACUGUAAUGGAGGCACUCUCUCCCUCUGAAGCAGGUGAACUGUUACAGGCAGGUAUAGGCAAAACCUCGCUGUUAAAGAGCUGAGGCAGCAGCAUUGGUGUUGGUCCUGGUGUUGUACAUGUUUAAAAGCUUCCAUGACCUUACCAGUUCCUCUGACCUCAUGUAAGGAGGUGGCACUUACACACAAAGGUGUAGGCUCUCGCAUGAAGCCCCAGGCUGUAGCAUGUUGGACGCUGUGAGUGUGUGAUGCCACGGGCAAAUUGCUGUUUGUUUGGCUGUGCAUUCAUCAUGAAGGCAUUUGCAGCUGGUUACAGUCAAAUUGCACUUCUGCAUUUUAGGAUGACUCUGGAUUCUCUAGUAGUGACUUUCCUUGGCAUGACUUUAAUAUGAAGUUUUCUUCUUCUCUUGUGAAUGGCGUGUGCAUAAUAUCACUGGGAAUGGCAGGGGGAGGCUUUGUAAAUUAACACUGUAUUUUGACCUCUUAAAAUAAUCCACUAAGGUCUUCCUAAGAAGUAUGUUCAGGAAAAGUAGUAUUGUUGGCAUAUCAGCAGUUCUGAAAGAGCAGUGUAUUUAUGGGACUCUAAGGAAAGCAAUCAUUUCACAAUGGAGGUGCGUGCUAUGUGUGCUCACAUUUCAGUUUGUUCUAGUGGGUUUUGUCUGGGUUAUUUGGCUUUACCGUCAAACUUAGAAGAAAGAGAUGUAGUCUUAGUUGUGUGACUGAAACUGUGUGGAUCUUAAGACAUCAUAUCUUUUACUAAACUUAUAACCUGCCCCAACUUGCAAUUAUGGUGUAUAUUUCUGGCACUGAGGGUAUAUCCUACUCGUAUUUGUCAAGCCUCAACAUUUAGCCCUUGGGAACUGCUAGUAUCUCUUUCUUUGAAGUUAGAGCUUACUGUCAAAGGGUCCUAUGCUCAUGGGCAAGUUAGAUUGUCUUUACGCAUAGAGCAAAAUGAAAUGCCACAAAAAUGUAGAAUUAGAAGGGUUAGACUUCUUAAUCAGAAUCUUAACUUGAAGCCUGCUGAAGUGGCUUUGAAUACCAGUGUAAGUCAGCAGUGAGCAUCAGAGCGGUUGGGAUUCAGUCUGGAGCUUUUGGAAAACGGUCAUGGAAUAUCCAAAACUUACAUUACAGACAGAACAAUUAUCCUGGAAGAGUCUUGGGCAUAACCUAGUACAGUUGCUAAAGUCUUAGAGGUAGGUGUUAAAGAGGUCUUGGCAAUGAAGGCGGAAUUACAAGGAGGUAAUUGAUCUGAUGACAGAUGACAUUGGGUCUGUAAGGUUUAGUCUGAAGGUACAUAGAGUUUGCUGCUCUCCUCAACGUGAAAGGGCAAGCAAAGGAAACUUCUGUUCUCUGUGCAGACUUGCUCAAAGAAGUCUGCUGCUUGUAAAAAGAUGGGGAUUGCCUGAAUUUCCCAAAUAGUCGAGUUCCCAAAGAAAUGCAAGUAAGCAAAAAUAAGAAUUGGUAGUCAUUUGCCAACUCACGGGGAAGCUGAAGGAGACACAUAUGUACAUAUGGUUCUGUCCUGUACAUCUUCCUGCAGCUUAGUCAGAAGAAUAUGGAGGAGAAGUACGGAAACUACUGAUACUUUACAGGAAGAUUUUAACUCUGAGCUGAAAUUGGGUGCGUUGGAAAACCAGCAGAGGGCGUAGGAAACCCUUUCCCAGAAUUGUUUACUAUGAAAAUAAAGUCUAGUAAGAGUACAUUCAUGCAGAAUGCUGGUAGAGUGAGAAGGCAGAGCUUGCCAUUAACACGAGUUAGGACUGGCACUGGACUUCCCCGAGAUGAAUUGCUGUUGGCAUCUUUAUGUGGGUCCAGGGAGAGCAUUGCUGGCAAAGGGUGGCUAAGAACCAGUAUGCAGAUUGUCUGCAGUAUUCAGCAACAGUGCUGCAGUCUGCACAGCUUGUAGGUAACUCCAGCUAUGUCAAAGCAUCUGACAGUAUUUUUACUAAACACACUUCACAGUGUUACAGUUUAGUCUUUUACCUCCUUGACUAAAUCCUAAAGAUUGUACGAAGGAUAGCUAAGGGCAAUUUUUUGUUUCCUAAAGGAGUUCCAAAAGAUGAUGGUUCCAUCAGGGAGCUGCUUCCAGCUAUGACCUAGCCUUGCACUUGUGAUCCUCUGCUCUGACCUUGCGUUUUCUGGCUCUUAGGAUCAGAAUGAGAAGGAAGUAAAGUCCAAAGGCAACCAAGCAGAUCUGAGACAGUCUCUGGAUAUAGUGGUUACUCUGGGACAAGAAUUUCAUGGUAUGAUUGCGAUUCAGUGAGUAUUCUGUUCCCAGAGGAGGAGAUGAUCCCUUCUCAAGCUGGUGCAUGCAUAUUGGGAAAGGCUGAGAAACAGCAAAGAAAAUGUGUUGUGUUUUGGACAAGGCUGGGGUUCUGCCUGCCUGUCCAUCCAGCAGUAGCUGAAUGUUGAAGUGGUCCCAGUGUUGUGUCAGGUAUUGGAGAAUGAAUCAGCAGAAUGAAAGAAUUGGUGAAGCUGGUAAGAAUAUCUGCCAUCUCCUUUUGGAAGUAGUUCAUCUGUUCUGUACACUUAAAUUAUCUAAAAGCAACCCAGGUGGUACUAGAGGGAAAAACAUGUACCCAUUAUCUGGAAGGGAGGGGUUAGGAAAGAGAGGGAAGCAUAUGAGAUGUAGAGUGGCAGAGACACGGCAGGCUCAGAUAUGUAAAACAUCCAAACAGCUUAUUACACUGAAGCUGCAAGUCAACAGGUGAAAUCUAUUUAAAGUGAGCACUCCCUAUAAGAGUGAGUUAUUGAUCCCUAAUUGGUUUCCACAAGGUCAAGGGCCUGAAACAUAAAGGAGUUGGACCAUUGCCCAGCGAACAUCUGAUGCUGAGAGGCAUCUGAGUAAGAUUCUCUACUACAACUUUUGAGAGUUAUUUUUGUAUUAUUAAAACUGAGGCAUCCUGUGCUAUGGGCUUCGUCUGCUCAGGGGUUUGGGCAUCUUCCUCUACAGUAUCUGCAUAAAGCUGCUGAUGGAACACUGCACUUCAGAGGCCCACGUGGGUUUAUACUGUUACGACCUGUAAUAGAUGAGAGGGUAGAGAUAAGCUUUAGGGCACACCUGACUGAAAAUGAAAUAUAAAUCUUAAAUGCUUUGAA